AUGGCCAUGGAUACGGACACGAUCCCGAACCUGCUGGGCGAUGCGCGGGACCAGGCACCGGAGGAGCUCCAAGAGUACUUUAUCACCUUCGAGGACUACUGGGAGCGGAAACUGUGGCACGAGCUUACCGACAAGCUCAUCGAGUUCUUUGAGAACCCAGACAGCGCAAAGCAGCGGAUACCCUUCUUCGAGACGUUCAUCAAGAGCUUCGCAAACAAGAUCAACCAGCUCAAGCUUGUCACACUCGGCCUCAGCGCAGCAACACAGUACAAGGAUGACAAGGAGCGCCUCAACUUCGUCAACGACCUUGCAAAGAGCGUCAACAAGCCCGCCUCACAAGAUGCCUACGUCUACGCCACAGUCGCUGCUGCCAGCAUACAACUAAGAUUAAAGGACGAGGAGGGUGCGAAGAAGAAGCUCGAUGAGUGCGAGCAGAUACUGGAGGGCUUUGACUCGGUGGAGACAGUGGUGCACGCCUCGUUCUACAAGGCGAGCGCGGAGUACUACAAGUCGAAGCAUGAGUUUGCAGCUUACUACAAGAACGCCCUCCUCUUCCUUGCCUGCGUCGAUCUUCAAGAUAUGGAGCUCCGCGAACGCCAGUCUCGCGCAUACGACCUCAGCAUCGCCGCUCUCGUGUCAGAUUCCAUCUACAACUUCGGAGAGCUGCUUCUCCACCCCAUCCUCGACUCGCUCGUCAACACCCCGCACGCAUGGCUGCGCGACCUCCUCUUCGCUUUCAACCGCGGCGACCUGAUCGCAUACGAUGUCCUCGCCGGCAACAUUUCCAAAGUACCCCUACUCAAGGAGCAUCAGACCUUCCUCUACCAGAAGAUCUCCCUCUCCGCCCUCACAGAGACCGUCUUCCGUCGCCCACCCCACGACCGUGCCAUGACCUUCACCGAGAUCUCACAAGAGACGAAGGUGCAGCCAAACGAGAUUGAGCACCUGAUCAUGAAGGCGCUGAGCUUGGGGCUACUGCGGGGUCAGAUCGACCAGGUUGCUGAGAUUGCGCGCAUCAACUGGGUGCAGCCGAAGGUGCUGGAUAUGAAGCAGAUUGAGAGCAUGCGGGCUCGAUUGAAGGAGUGGGAUGCCAGCGUCAACCAGCUUGGGAACUGGAUCGAGGGUGUGGGCAAGGACGUUUGGGCUGCAUAGACACAACGAUCAGAUGCUUUGGUCCAGCAGUAGGGCUUCCUCGCAGCAGUUCCAGAGGGCGCGUAUGCGCGCCAUGUAAUCAUAGAUUAUGCUCAUCAUGCCACCACGCAUGAGAAGACGAUGAAAUGAAAAGCCAUCACACUGCCACGAACUCGCCUCAGUAUCUGUCCACAAAUCUCUCAUUGUUCUUCAUGAUCUUAUAGUUGCCUAUAUUAUAUAUUACACCCUCUCUUCUC